AUGUCUACCUCAGAGAAGAGUAAUUCUGGAUCACACGUCGUCGACGCCGAAACAGGCAGCAUCAAGACCGCGGCCAGGGGCGACAAAGCUCUCGAUCUGCUUGCAGGGCAUCACAUCGACUUCGACCCAGCCUCUGAAGAGGCUAAACGUGUGCUGAGGAAGAUAGAUUGGCGAGUGAUGCCAAUGGUCUUCACUGUCUAUUUACUACAGUUGAUGGACAAGAAUUCUCUCAGCUUUGCCGCAAUCAUGGGAAUCAGACAGGAUGCCAACUUGUCGCCCUCGCAGUAUAGUUGGCUCGGAAGUAUCGUCUACUUUGGCUACCUCGGUGGCGAGAUUCCAGCAACGUACCUCAUGCAGCGCGUCCCUCUCGCGCGCUACCUUGCGGUCAUGUGCAUGCUCUGGGGCGUUGUUGUGGCCAUGCACGCUGUAUGCCACAACUUCGCCAGCCUGGCUGCUGUCCGAUUCCUUCUUGGCUUCAUUGAGGUCUGCACAGCUCCCGCAGUGAUAUACAUCACGGGGUCCUUCUAUACGAAAAAAGAGCAGGUAGUCAGAGUUGCGAUCUGGUAUACAACCUCAGGAUGGGCAGCCGUCUUCGGUGGUUUCUUCUCCUGGUGCAUCUACCAGGCUCCUUCCUUCCGCUGGCAAGGCCUCUUCGUCCUCUACGGUGGCUUGACAUUUUUCACCGGUGUUGUCCUAUUUUUCUUCCUCCCUGCUUCCCCGACCGAGGCCAAAUGGCUCACGGACUCGGAAAAAGUCAUAGCCCUAGAGCGUGUGCGCUCCAACAAGACUGGCACCGAAGUCUGGAAGUUCAACGCCUCUCAACUAAAAGAAGCGUUCCUCGACAUCCGGUUUUAUAUGAUUUUCAUGUUGCUUGUAUGCACCGGUCUUCCCAACGGAGGCGUCACCGCCUUCGGGCCGACCAUCAUCUCUGCUUUCGGCUUCUCCGUCUCGCAGACAACUCUCCUCAAUAUGGGUUCUGGUUCUGCACAAGUUCUGGGCACGGUCGUGGCGCUUUACAUCGCCAAACUCACGAACCGCACCAUUGCAGGUGUGUAUACACUAGUCCUUGCUGUCAUCGGCACAGUUAUGAUGCUUGCCAUCCCGGAGGCCAACCACGGAGCACGCUACGGUGGCUUUAUCCUUCUCAUGCAAUUCCCGAUCUGCGUUCUGUUCAUCAUCACAUUCAUGACGGCUGGAGUCGGUGGUUCGACCAAGAAGUUCGCCUUUGGUGCCGCGUACCAACUUGGCUAUGCUGUGGGCAACAUCAUUGGGCCCCAGACAUUCCAAGGCAGUGACGCACCGAACUACUACGUGGCCAAGUACACGAUGUUGGCGUUCUUGAUCUUCACGGCACUGCUGUUGGCUUGCUAUGGGGUACUUCACCGCGUGUGGAAUACGAGGCGGGAUAAGAGGGCGGCGGUGGAAGGCGAGGAGCGCCAGGUGGAAAACGAGGAGUUUGCGGAUCUGACCGAUUUCCAGCUGAAGAGCUUCAGGUAUCCGUUGUGA